GACGCCGCCCGAGGUGCGCACGGUGCGCACACCGCACGCGCACGCCCGCGUAACGGCUGGCACGCCUCGCUUGGCUUGGCUUGGCGUUAGUCGCUUGGCUUGGUGGUCCUCGUUUGCAUUGGCUUUACCCUGGCAUUCCUUUGCUGGGCUUGACCUUUUCUUGCUGGGCUUGGCAUUCCCCUGGCUGGGCUGGGUGUUUCACCGGUGGGGCGUGCACUUUCCCUGGGUGGUGGAGGGGGCGUGGGCUCUCCCCGGGUGGUGGGGGGACGUGGGAUCUCCCCAGUUGGUGGUGGGGGAGGGGUCGUGGCCUCUCCCAGGGCGGGGUUUUGGCUGGGAUUGACCUUUCUCCCCUAACAGAUUGGAAACUCGUAGUUUCCCGCUUUUUGGUGAAACUUGUUGACAGACACCAUCUGCUCGCUACUACCAGGCUGUUGAAAGCAGAUGGUGGCUGAGGUUUCUCCAAAGCUGGCUGCCUCCCCUAUGAAGAAGCCCUUUGGCUUCAGGGGCAAGAUGGGCAAGUGGUGCUGCUGCUGCUUCCCCUGCUGCAGGGGAAGCGGCAAGAACAACAUGGGUGCUUGGAGAGACCACGACGACAGCGCCUUCACGGAGCCAAGGUAUCACGUCCGUCGAGAAGAUCUGGGCAAGCUCCACAGAGCUGCCUGGUGGGGUGAAGUCCCCAGAGCGGAUCUCAUCGUCAUGCUCAGGGGCCCUGGCAUUAACAAAAGGGGCAAGAAGAAGAGGACUGCUCUACACUUGGCCUGUGCCAAUGGCAAUUCAGAAGUAGUAAGACUUCUGCUGGACAGACAAUGUCAACUUCAUGUCUUUGACAGCAAAAAGAGGACAGCUCUGAUAAAGGCCGUACAAUGCCAGGAGGAUGAAUGUGCGUUAAUGUUGCUACAACAUGGCACUGAUCCAAAUCUUCCAGAUAUGUAUGGGAAUACUGCUCUACACUAUGCAGUCUACAAUGAAGAUAAAUUAAUGGCCAAAACACUGCUUUUAUACGGUGCUGACAUUGAAUCAAAAAACAAGGGUGGCCUCACACCACUUUUGCUUGCUGUACAUGGACAAAAACAGCAAAUGGUGAAAUUUUUAAUCAAGAAAAAAGCUAAUUUAAAUGCGCUUGAUAGGUUUGGAAGAACUGCCCUCAUACUUGCUGUACGUUGUGGAUCAGCAAGUAUAGUUAGUCUUCUACUUCAGCAAAAUAUUGAUGUAUUUUCUCAAGAUGUAUUUGGACAAACUGCUGAAGAUUAUGCGGUUUCUAGUCAUCAUAAUAUAAUUUGCCAAUUACUUUCUGACUAUAAAGAAAACCAGAUGCCAAAAAACUCUUCUGGAAAUAGCAAUCCAGAACAAGACUUAAAGCUGACAUCAGAGGAAGAGCCACAAAGGCUUAAAGGAAGUGAAAAUAGCCAGCAUGAGAAAGUGACUCAAGAACCAGACAUAAAUAAGGAUUGCGAUAGAGAGGUUGAAGAAGAAAUGCAGAAGCAUGGAAGUAAUAAUGUGGGAUUAUCAGAAAACCUGACUGAUGGUGCUGCUGCUGGCAAUGGUGAUGGUGGAUUAGUUCCACAAGGAAAGAGCAGAAAACAUGAAAAUCAGCAAUUUCCUAACACAGAGAUUGAAGAGUAUCACAGGCCUGAAAAGAAAUCUAAUGAAAAGAACAAGGUCAAAAGCCAAAUACAUUCAGUGGAUAACCUUGAUGACAUAACAUGGCCAUCAGAAAUAGCAUCAGAGGAUUAUGAUUUGCUUUUCUCUAAUUAUGAGACUUUUACAUUGCUCAUUGAACAACUCAAAAUGGAUUUUAACGAUUCUGCUAGCCUAUCAAAAAUCCAGAAUGCAGUUAUUUCAGAUGAACACUUACUAGAACUCAAAAAUAGCCACUAUGAGCAACUUACAGUAGAAAUUGAACAAAUGGAAAAUGUGGUUCAUGUACUACAAAAAGAGCUAUCUGAGGCAAAAGAAACACAAUUACAGUUAGCUCAUCAGAAAGGUGAAUGUGAGCAAGAAUGCUACAGUUCGAGUGAAGAACAAAAUGAUACCCAGAAGCAACUUUCCAAGGAACAGAAUGCUAGACUAUUACAAGAUGAGAUUCUGACUACUAAACAGAAGCAGAUAGAAGUGGCCGAAAAAAAAAUGAAUUUUGAGAUUUCUCUUAGCCAUAAGGAAGAAAAAGAACUCUUGCAUGAAAAUAGCAUGAUGCAGGAAGAAAUUGCCAUGCUAAGAAUAGAACUAGACACAAUAAAACAUCAGAACCAGCUAAGGGAAAAGAAAUAUCUGGAGGACAUUAAAAGUGUGAAAGAAAAGAAUGAUAAUCUUCUAAAGGCUAUACAAUUGAAUGAGGAAGCACUAACAAAAGCAGUAGUUCAGUACAGUGGACAGCUUAGCAUUUUGACAACUGAGAAUAAAAUGCUCAGUUCUGAACUGCAGAAUGUAAGACACAACAAUGAAACACUGGAAAUGGAAAUUCAAUCAUGUCAUUUUAGACUGGCUACUGCUCUACAUGAUUGUGACUGAAGUCAGGUAGCAGAAAGAGACUUCUUUCCAGAGAACAAGACAUGAACAGGUUUAUUUACAGGAGACAAUGAAUUCUCAUAUAUCUAACCUAAAAGAUAACAGUGAGAUUCUUUCUGAGCAACUCUAAUGCUAACAGUAAAAUUAACAGCCUGAAAAUUAAGGUCCAUCACACAAGAUAAACUCUGAGAGAAAAGAUGGGGCAGGCCACCAUCUUUCCUUUU